GAACAAAAACGAAGAACCGUUGACAGAAGCUGUCAACCUUGAGCUGAUAAACCUGAAGCCGGUGGCCCACAAGAAUGGUGGAGAACCCUACGACAUCGGCAACGGCAUGACUACGAUACCUCUGAAGAGGGAUAAUGAUAGAGACGUCGGGAAUCCCUACGACGAAUAUUUCGUACCGGUAAACGAGCAUCGGAAGUAUAUGAGAGGCGAAAAGUUGUAUGUUACCAAGGACAAUCGCGUAGAGAAAAGCAAAAGUAAAUGCAUUUGUUGGACCCUCUGCCUGUGCCUCGUAGCAGCAGCUGUGAUCAUAGGAAUUCUAGCCGCAGUUGGUGUUAUUGGAAACCAAGGACCGUUACCACAAGAAGUCAGCGCUAGAACUUUCGACAGCAACCAAACGCCAAUAUCUAAAGGCAGCCUUAGUUUUCCCGGAGUGCAAGAAUCUGAACUACCUCCAUCACCUGAACCGCCUAUCUCAACACUUUCUCCAAUGUUGCCAACAACAGAUACCUCCAAAAUAGAAGUUCCCCGAGCGUUAGAAUCCGAAAUGAAAAUAGACAACAUUCAGUUCACCCCAGAGCUAUCCAACAAAAAUAGUUCGGAAUACAAAGCUCUUGCCGAAUCUUUAGAAGACGAAAUCAAGAACUCGCUGUUCACGAGAGAUAUCCUGCAGUACGGACCAGCUGAUAUAGAAGUUAAGAUCAUGGAAUUCACACCAGGAAGCGUCGUUGUCAAAUACCGCAUCGCGUGGAAAUUCAAAGAAGGAAUCCACAAUCCCAAAGACCCGAUUGAUCCCCCAACAUUGAAACGAAAACUCUCUGAUACCUUGAAAAGGAGCAAUGGCCUCAUGGAUACUUACCACGUACCAGAAACUUCGCUAUCGUCCCAGAAAAUUCUCGAUUUAUGCCAGAUCCAGAACAAUGGAUGCGAACAUCUUUGCGUGUUCGACUACACCUUUCUCGACUUCGUAUGUCUCUGCCCACAAGGUAAACAUCUGGCCGGGGAUGGAAAAACAUGCGAUAUUGAUUCUGUUCACUUUGAAGAGGAUGUAAAUGAUCAACCCCAAUCCGGUUUCAAUAACCACGAUUCUCAUAUCAAUGAAGAACCAACAGACCAUGAUUUCGUCAACUACAACGACCAUAACGAACAAGUGGAAUCAGAACUUCCUCAGGAGAUCCACACAGAACUUUACCACCAACCUGGUGAAGAAUCAGAGUCUAGACACAACUUCAAUAAUGAAUUCGAGAAUGAAUUCCAGGCUGAAGUUGAACCUGAUACAGAACACAUACCAACUCAACAUAAAGACGCGGAGCGCGAAUACAAACACCAUCUCGAGAAUGAAUACGAACACGAAUUUCCGGCUGAAGUAGAUAUCGCUACAGAAUAUCAAAGACCAAUAGAACCCGAAUCAUUUCCUGAACCACCAGCAACCGCAGAACCUUCUGCUGCCGAACCCAUUGCGAAAGCUGAACCCACAUCCGCACACACAGAACGAUCUUCAUCAUCAGUACCCGAGAUAUAUUCGAUACAUUCAAUAGAAACAUCAGCAGAGCCCGAACCAUCAGUAGAACCCGAACCAUCAGCAGAACCCGAACCGUCACCCGAACCAUCAGCAGAACCCGAACCAUCAGCAGAACCCAAACCAUCAGCAGAACCCGAACCAUCAGCAGAACCCGAACCAUCAACAGAACCCGAAUCAUCAGCAGAACCUCAACCAGUCAGUGAACUUGAACCAGCCGCUGAACCCGAACCAUCAGCACAAUCUGAAUCCUCGACGCCAUACAAACUAUCAGCAGAACCAGCAGUUGAACAUGAACCUACAAAUACACCUGAAUCAUCAAACGAGCCUAAGUCGUCUUCCGAACCUGAAACAGUUACAAAAUUAGUAUCAUCCACAGAAAUAGCUACGCAACCUGAAACGACGAAAACGCCUGAAUCACCAGUCGAACCUAAACCAUUGGGUGCUUUUGAGCCAUCGUUUGAACCUGAGCCAUCGGCCGAACCUGAGUCAUCAGCCGAAACUGAGCCUUCUGUCGUCGAACCUGAGCCUUCUGCCGAACCUCAGCCAUCCGGCGAACUUGAGACUGGGUCUGCAGUGAAACCCAAACCUGAGUCUGAAGAAGAAAUUCAAUUUCAUAUCAGUGACAAGACGGAAGCCUUCACUGAAACCCACAUGAAAGAGAAUACAGAACACCAUGCUACACCACCUGCAGAACAUUCUUCGGAAGCAAUGAUUCAUGUUAACGACCUAAUGCUUGAAGACAAAUCUAUGGAAACGGAAACGCAAAAAAAUGAUUCACCAGAAUCAUUAAAUCAUGUAAACGAUCUACUAAUGGCAGGUCACCCUGCAGAAUCAGCAUCUGAAAAAAAUAUGAGUCUUUCAGAAGUUAAAGAAAGUUCCACAGAAGUUCACCUGAACAUGAAUAAUAUCUUGGAACAUUCAACACUACAAAACAUGAAUCAUAAUGAGACUGCCGAAAAUGUUACAGAGAUGGAACAGCCCAAACACUUCAUUGAACCUGUGGAAAUACACCAAAAUGAUUUUUAUUAUGAUCAAUCGCUGAAAUUGCCAGAAGAAAAAAAUGAAACAAAUAACUUGAACUUUGUGAGUGAAGAACCUUAUUUAUUUCAGCAACAUAUUCCGGUUAUCGAAACCUCCUCUAGUAUCAACGAAGUGAGUACGUCAGAACUACCAGAAAUUAAAACCGAAGUUUCUACUGGCGAGACCAACCAUAAAGAAGACACAGCCGAUGGCAAUAAAGAACACUCAACAGAAUACAUAAUGGACUUACAACCUGGUGAAAUGGAUAAGGAAAUGCAGAGAUUAGGAUUGUUGAAAAUUGUUACUCCGAUAGCCGAAGUGAUUACUACGAAGCCUCUAGUGACAGAAGUACCACCGGAAAUAACUACGAUGGAAUUCAGCACAAUGAAAACUAUGUCUAAUGACGUAACAACAAAAAUACUGAAUACACACGAGAACGAAGUUCAAAAGGAGUACCAAAUUCCUAUUAUACUCGCGGGAACUUCAGAUGACGCAGAAGUAAAAUCGACCAAAGAUGAUGUUAAAGAAAAUCAGAUAAACAUCAGCGAGAUCCACCGGGUUCCAAAAAUACAAGAGCUCCAUAUGUACCAGGAAAACUCUCACGAACAAUUCCCACCAAGCAAUGACACAAUGGAAACCAUGGAUCACCCAGAUCACCUUCACGAUGAAUACAUGUCACCCUUUCUACCGGAACUGGAAAACGAUACAUUCAUCAACUCUCUACACUCUGACGAACAUUUCUUAGACCACCACAUGCCGGAAAACCACGAAAACAUGUCUGUAACCAAGCCGCCUACUUUGGAGUUCGAUCAGCUGAAUCGUACCAAUCCAUUCGAUAACAAUACGUCCGAUGCUUUAGCGGUUGCUCCGUUGACAACGGAAGAAAAAAGUAAUAUUAUUGUGGACACCACGGAAGGGCAGCUUAUGACAGUAAAUCCAAAUGAAGACAGAACCACACAAAAAUCUGAAGACGAUACAACCGUCAGACAAGAAGAACCUGUUACCAUGACUAGCACGGUAACAGAAAAAACUGAAGUGGAAAUAGAACCCCUCAAAUCCAAUGAACCCAUUGAAGUUAUGGUAGGUAAAGAGGAAACUCAGAUGAACAGAACAGAUACAAAUUAUUCUGAACUCAAGACUACGGAUGAAACUCCAGUGAAUAUGGAAACGUCAAUGAACAGUGCUACCGAGAUCAAUACUACAAUCAAAAACGAAUUGGAAAUUAAACUGAUGGAUAAGACUGAAACUGAAAUGGAAACGACAGUGAGAAGUGAAACCGAAAUUAACAUGACUGACAAAAACGAAUCUGAACCACAUACUGUGAAUGAAACUGCAACCGAUCUGGAAAUGACCACAAGAGGGAAAAUAGAAAUUAUAACGACAGACUUAGACAGUAGUGAACCAAAAACAACAGAUAAAGCUGAAGCAGAAAUGGAAACAACCAUAAAGAAUGACACCGAGAUGAACAUAACAGAUAAAAGCGAAAUGGAGAAUAAAACAGAGAGAGUCAAUCUAGAAGCUAACAAUCUUGAAAUAGAAAUGGAAACGACGACCCAAAAUGAAACAAUUUCUGAUUAUAAGGAUGUGAUGACCACAGAUGGAAAUAAUACUGAAAUGGAAACGACAAGUUCACCUCAAGUUGAGAAGAUUAUGGAACAUGAAAGCAACAUAGAAAUUGAAUCUACAGAUGAAAACCGAACGGAAAUGAAAACUGAGACUUCAGUUAUAGCUGAAGUUGAGAAAGUCACUGAUGAUGAGUUCAUGCCUAAGACAGUAGAAGAGACUUCAACAAGUCUUCCAAUGGAAAUGUCAACGUUACCGCCGGAAAUCUUCAACAAUAUUCACAGCAAUAACAUUUUUGAAAAAUUCUCCCACAUUGCGGAUAGAUACGAUACAGAAACGGAAAAGCAAAUAGAAAUGGAUCCGCACGUUCAAAAUUUCUAUGAUGUAAGUACCAGUACGGAGGAUCUAAUUGCUUUGGAGACAACUAUGACCGUCUUGAAAACACCUGGUGACAGACCUGCCAACAUGAGCACAGAAUCUAACUUGAUAACUACAGUAAAUGCUGAAAUUGUUGAAACAGUAACUACAGCUGUCAAUGUUACCAGCAAUGAAGACGACGCUAAUGAGAUUUCAACAAAAUCCAACAAAGAAAUAACUGCAGACCAGAAGGAAUACCGGGUGAAAGAAACAUUCGCUGAUCUAACCACGACAGAAAAGCUGUUCGUAACUCCCAAGACCACCACCGAACACAACCCUGAGGAAGACGAAGAUCUAUCUGUAGUACCUUUGAAUGAAAUUUCGGCAGAUGAAAGCAGGAAACUAGACAAGAAAGAAGUUUCGGUAGACGCUAGAGAUGCCAGAAACGAAAUCGUCAACGAAAGGUCGACAGAAAUCGAAGACAAUAAUAUUUCCACAUUUGAUGGAACGCAGAAGAAACAAUUCCUGGAUGACAAAUCUUUCAAACCGGUGACGGAGGAUUUCGACCUACCGAAAUUCACUAGGUGUCCCGUUGCUCAAUUCCAGUGCAUAAACGGAACCGCUGUGAAAGAUGGCAGCUACUGCAUAGCGAGUAGUGACAGAUGCGAUUCUGUUCUGGAUUGUACAGAUGGGUCGGAUGAAGUGGGAUGCGAAGAAGAGGGAUGUCCUAACAAUUUCCAGUGUAACAGUGGCCAAUGCCUCAAGAGACACCUCGUAUGCGACGGUAUCCUCAAUUGCAAUGACGGAAGCGACGAAAGCAAUUGCGAAAAUUGGACAUGCAACUUCGACGAAUUAUCCUGCGGACCUUCUAACCGAUGCAUCCCGAUCUCCUGGAAAUGCGACGGCCGAUCUCACUGCAAUGACGGUUCUGACGAACGCAAUUGCCAUCCAGGAGAAUGUUCCGGCGACGCUUUCCGGUGUUCCGAACAAGGAAGCUGCGUACCGGCCACGUGGAUGUGCGACGGCAAGCCCGACUGCGCAGGUGGAGAAGACGAGAAGAUGUGUGAUUGCAGUAAUGAUCAAUUUAAAUGUCAGCUAGGAGGAGGGUGCAUUUCAAAAACAAACCGUUGUGACGGUUACAAAGACUGCGCAGACAAUUCAGAUGAGUGGAACUGCCUGAGGCUAGAAACGUUGGAAAAUCCGGUGGAAGGAAACACAAAAAAAAUAUUACAGUUUCAAGCAGAAAAUAAUACUUGGCACCCAGUAUGCAUAGAUUGGGGUAUUUGGAAUUCCACAUUUGCAGACCUCACCUGUCAAAAUUUGGGUUAUUCGGGCUCUGCUUCUCUAGAAGCAGUUCCAAAACCGGACAGUUUCAAACCUGAACAGGUUUACAAACUCAAGACACCAACAAGUAACGUUUUGACCUUCUUACAACUGGAAAAGAGUAGAGAUGAUUGCGAUCAAUUUGUCUCGUUGACAUGUCAGGAAUACGUGUGUGGAAGCCCUUNAUUGGACCUCUUGUGUUGCCCAGUGGCGGCUGCUGCUAACGCAGUUUUCGAUACAUUGUGGUCAUUUACUCACAAUAGGAAUCUGCUCUAA